CUUCACGAGUAGUGUGGCGUAGAUCUCGCCUUUGUGAUUUUCUUUUUUUCCUUUGGACUUAUGAGAACAUGCCACGCAAAAAGCCUUUCAGUAACAAACAGAAGAAAAAGCAGCUGCAGGUGAAACGCGGGAAGAAGAGAGGAGAAACUGGUUCAAGUCACUCCAGCAGGAAUGGUAGUGUGGAGAGAGGCAGAGACAGGCAGUCAGACGCAUCAGACAGCGAGACGACAGACAUCAAGAUGAUAAACCACCAGCCUGGCACCAGCGAUGGGCAAUAUGACCCCAACAAAUAUCAUUUGCACUUUGAGAAGGAGAGCAAAGAGGAGGUGGAGAGGAGGAAGAAAAUAGCAAUGCAGAAAAUCCUAAAGCCCGUGCCGGAGAGGGAACUAGAGAUUGACAUAAACAACAUCUACCCGGAGGACAAAGGCCUCAAUUUCCCACGACGGCCCUCAUGGCAUUAUGAUAUGCAGAGAGAGGCGCUGCUGCGGAAAGAGGAGAAAUCAUUUCAGGAGUAUCUGCAGGCUCUUUACUCCAAGAACCCCCGUGGUACCCUCAGCCACUUUGAGCACAAUCUGGAGACAUGGAGGCAGCUGUGGAGAGUAAUGGAGAUGUCUGAUGUCAUUCUGCUCAUAGUGGACAUAAGACACCCAGUACUACAGUUUUCUCCUGCUCUGUACCACUACUUCACAGACGAGUUAAAGAAACACAUCAUUCUAGUUCUCAAUAAAGUGGACUUGUGCCCUCCCCCCCUAGUGUUGGCAUGGAAACACUACCUGACCAAACAGUUCCCCAACCUGCACUGUAUCUGCUUUACCUCACACCCAGGACAACCCUACAGCACCAUUCUACAGAAGAAGAGAAUGAGAAAGAACGCUGGAUGGAGCAAGGCAGGAGGACCAAUCCACAUCCUGAGGGCAUGUCAGGAGAUCACAGCAGGAAGAGUGGAUUUAAGUAGCUGGGAGAAAAAGAUCCAGAAGGAUGCUGUUGCCAUGGGAACUGAUGGGGAUCACACUGUGGAUGGGUUGGAAUCCGUGUUGGUGGAGCAUCAUAGUGACGUUGCCAUGGAAAUGAACAGCCCUACACAAGAACUUUAUAAAGAUGGGGUUCUCACAAUAGGCUGCAUAGGUUUUCCUAAUGUAGGCAAAUCUUCUGUGCUGAACAGUCUGGUUGGACGGAAGGUCGUGAGUGUAUCUCGGACCCCCGGCCACACAAAAUAUUUUCAAACUUACUACCUCACCCCUACUGUUAAACUAUGUGACUGUCCUGGACUUGUUUUCCCCUCCCAAGUGGACAAGCAACUACAGAUCCUGUCUGGUAUAUAUCCAGUGUCCCAGCUGCAGGAGCCUUAUAGUACUGUAGGAUACCUGUGUGAACGGGUCAACUGCCUCUCCUUAUUGAAACUGACACAUCAAGACCCGAGCCCCAAAACACUACACAACCCUGAUAUACAGGAAUGGACCGCAUGGGACAUAUGUGAAGCAUGGGCUCAGAGGAGAGGGUAUAAGACUGCUAAGGCGGCCCGCAAUGAUGUCUAUCGAGCAGCCAACAGUCUCCUGCGGUUAGCCAACGAUGGGCGACUCUGUCUCUGCAUGCGACCACCAGGAUAUUCUCAAAGCAAAGAUGAAUGGGAAUCCCACCCAGACUUGGCUGAGAUCAUCGCUCUGCAAGGAAGAAAGGAUGAAGAGGAGGAGGGCAGGGAGAAGGAGGACGAGGACAGUGAGUCCAGCUCAGAGUUGGAGGAAGAGAAUGAUCGAGACGCUGAUGACGAUGAGGACGCUGAUGGAGAUGAUGAAGAUGAUACUGUUAAAGCGGACAGGAGGGGUCUCACUCUUAAUAUGUUCAGUGUGCUGGGUGAGAAUGAAUGCGAGUGAGGGAUAAGUUCUGUUUUAUACUACAUUCCUGUUCCCUUCCUUUACAAUCUCUAUCUAUUACCCUGUAAUCUCUUUAUGACCAUCUUAUUUCAAUUUGCAGUGUCAAUCAAGUGACUUUAUGAUGUUUAUUUUUUAUAUGACACUCCUUGCUCGCUUCUUCAGACCAUCUUAUAAACACACGAAAAAUCUCUGUUCUUUACAUAAAUAUGCCUUGUUUGUGCUGUAGUAUAAAGCAGAUUUUGUGUUGUGUUUCAACAUUUCUUGUUUUUCAACAUGCUUUCAUUUAUAAUCAUCAGAACGUUAUAAUGCUUCAACACAUUUUCACUUCUGCAUGCAGUCUGUUUUCCUUUCUGAGAGGGCACCCAUUCAACCCGUGAUUGUACAAUCAGUGAAGCUAACUAAGCAUUGAAUAUAACAAUCAAUGAUUUAUUAGUAAUUUCAGCUGUGAUGCCAAAGGUCAGGUGAGAUCAAAAGGAAUUGAAAGGGUUUGACCUCUGACUAAGUUUCAAUAAGAAGGCAUUGCAAAAUGAAUUUUAACCUCAUUCUCAGCACAGCAAACGUCUGCAUGCAGGGCAGAACCAGCUCUCUUGAUCAAAGAGAGAGAGAGAGAGAGUUAUUUAGAUAAAUAGAAUUUAUGGAAACUAAAAGCACUUUCUAAGCAGGAGCGAGCAACAAGAAAACUUUAUUUUUCGAGCAGAUUUAUUUAUAAGGUGGGAUAUGAAGUGAGGUUUUUGUUUGGACUUGCAGUGGGAGUGAAUUUGUGCCACAAAAUGUUUUAGACUAUGCAAUGUUUAAAAAGAUAUCUUAAGAGCGGAUACAUUUGUUCCAGUUUCUAGACAGGUGACGUUGUAUUACACAUUUCACAUACACUAACAUUGAUGUGAUUUGGGGGACAUGCAUGUCCUUGGACUUAAGGUGCACCGUAAAGAAUGAAACUGAAGGACUGGAGUAAGAUAAUUUAUGCACUUUUGCUGUAGGACUCAAGGGUGCUGGUUUCAGCUAUUCAGCUUCCAGUCCUACAUGCCCCUGUGGAGGGAUUUCAUUUGGUCGCGUUUCUGUUUGUGUGGGUGUGAAUCAUCCUUUCUUUUUUGAGAAGUUAUUAAACAUGACAGAAGCCCUCUGCAAUAAAAAUGAACUCUGAUGAA